AAUGUAGGAAAAGUUGGUUGGAUUUUGUGGUAUUCAUUAAUGUUUGUUUGCAAUUAGAGUAGACAACAACAUACAUAGACAUAAAGAAAGUGUCACUCAACCCAACCUUAAAGACGGUUAUCUCCAAGGAGACCAAAAUGUCUUUCACUGCAACCAAGUUCGCACCCUCUCCUCUUCCUCUCAAUUCCACCACCCCCAGAUCCAAUGACAAGCCUCUCUCUUUCUCCUUCGAUCACUCCAAAACCAACCCUUCUUCCUCUUUUCUUGGAUCCACUCGCAAGCUUCUUCGCUUCACUGCUCUUGCCAAACCUCGUGCUCAGGCUCGUGCUUCUACCCCUGUUGCUGAUGUUCUUCUCCAGCAAACCUCCAAUCUGCUUAUUACUAAAGAGGAAGGGUUGGAGCUGUAUGAAGACAUGAUACUAGGGAGGUUCUUCGAGGACAAAUGUGCUGAGAUGUAUUAUAGGGGCAAAAUGUUUGGUUUUGUUCACUUGUACAAUGGCCAAGAGGCUGUGUCAACUGGGUUCAUCAAGCUUCUGAAGAAGGAGGAUUAUGUAGUGAGCACCUACAGAGAUCAUGUUCAUGCAUUGAGUAAGGGGGUCUCCUCUCGAGCCGUAAUGAGUGAACUGUUUGGAAAGGCAACAGGAUGCUGCCGAGGCCAGGGCGGUUCAAUGCAUAUGUUCUCAAAAGAGCACAACAUGCUUGGCGGUUUUGCAUUCAUUGGUGAAGGAAUUCCAGUGGCCACUGGGGCUGCAUUUUCGAGCAAAUACAGAAAGGAGGUGUUGAAUGAGGCAGAUGCUGAUCAGGUGACAUUGGCUUUUUUCGGAGAUGGGACUUGUAACAAUGGCCAAUUCUAUGAAUGCCUGAACAUGGCAGCUCUGUGGAAAUUGCCAAUUGUGUUUGUGGUGGAGAAUAAUUUGUGGGCUAUUGGAAUGUCACAUCUCAGAGCAACUUCAGAUCCUCAGAUAUGGAAGAAAGGACCAGCGUUUGGAAUGCCAGGGAUUCAUGUUGAUGGGAUGGAUGUUUUGAAGGUCAGAGAGGUGGCAAAGAAGGCAAUUGAAAGGGCUAGAAGGGGAGAGGGACCAACCCUAGUGGAAUGUGAAACCUAUAGAUUUAGAGGACAUUCAUUGGCUGACCCUGAUGAGCUUCGUGACCCUGCUGAGAAGGAACACUAUGCUGGUAGGGACCCCAUCACUGCACUGAAACAAUACCUUUUUGAGAACAAUUUAGCCAGUGAGCAAGAAUUGAAGGCCAUAGAGAAGAAAAUCGAUGAGAUUCUUGAUGAUGCAGUUGAGUUUGCAGACAACAGCCCUCUUCCACCCCGUAGUCAGCUUCUGGAGAAUGUGUUUGCAGAUCCAAAAGGCUUUGGAAUUGGACCAGAUGGAAGGUAUAGAUGUGAGGAUCCAAAAUUCACUGAAGGCACUGCUCAAGUCUAAUCUUUUCUUUCUUUCUUUCAACUUUCAGUUUUGUAUCAGUGUUCUUUUCACAUGCUUAAUUAGUGAUGAAAUGCUACACAAUGUCUAAUAUAAACAGGAUUUGUUCUUUAGGUUGGAAACUUGGCUUUAUGUGUCUUACAUUUAUCAUUGUUUGUUGAACUAAUGUCAAGAAUGAUGACAAUCUUCAUUAUAGAUCUUCAUUGUAUAAUAAAACUUUUUGUUGUUUCUCUUU